UUACGACGCGACGGCCACGGCGCGCUUGGCGGCGGGGGCGGCGGGAGCGGCGGGAGCGCGGUGCUAAUUGCGGCGACCCGGCUGAGAGGAAGCGCGGACGGCGGUGUCGCCAUGUCUCACGGACACAGCCAUGGCGGGGGCGGCUGCCAGUGCGCCGCCGAGCGGGAGGAGCCACCCGAGCAGCGCGGUCUGGCCUAUGGCCUGUACCUGCGCAUCGACCUGGAGCGCCUGCAGUGCCUCAACGAGAGCCGUGAGGGCAGCGGCCGCGGCGUCUUCAAGCCGUGGGAGGAGCGGACCGACCGCUCCAAGUUUGUUGAAAGUGAUGCCGAUGAAGAGCUUCUGUUUAAUAUUCCAUUUACGGGCAAUGUCAAGCUCAAAGGCAUCAUUAUAAUAGGAGAGGAUGAUGACUCACACCCCUCUGAGAUGAGACUGUACAAGAACAUUCCACAGAUGUCCUUUGGUGAUACAGACAGGGAGCCAGAUCAGACCUUUAGUCUGAACCGGGAUCCUACAGGAGAAUUAGAAUAUGCUACAAAAAUUUCUCGUUUUUCCAAUGUCUAUCAUCUCUCAAUUCAUAUUUCAAAAAACUUUGGAGCAGAUACCACGAAGGUCUUUUAUAUUGGCCUGAGAGGAGAAUGGACUGAGCUUCGCCGACAUGAAGUGACCAUCUGCAAUUAUGAAGCAUCAGCCAACCCAGCAGACCACAGGGUCCACCAGGUUACCCCACAGACACACUUCAUUUCCUAAGGGCUGCCAAGGCUCCCACUGAGGCCCUGUGUCAGUGAAGAUGUAUGACAACCUGUUGGGAAGGACGAAGAGAUGGGGCUCCAGAGGAGUUGGCUGCCACAGCCUUUACCAAGCUUUGUCUUUGGGCCUCGCUGCAGAAACCUGGCCUAUGGAAGAUACCACACCACCAGGGAGGGUUGUGUGGAUGCCAGGGGACAAUUCGUGGUUCUCUAGGGCCCUGUAGAAAUUGGGUCUUGGGCUGGUCAGCAUCUGGCAGUCAUGGAUAAUAUCUGCCUUUCCAGUCAUUAUGGCCAUGGGAUUCCAAGUGUCUUGUUUUGUGGCAGGAUUUUUGUGUGACUUGUUUUUUAAAAAAUGGAAACUAUUCCUGGGCUGUAGUAAACUUUCUGAAGCCUCAGCCUUGUGUUUGCAUUAGCCAUCAGGAGGGUCUCCAACUAGAAGUUCAUGUCCCUGCUUGCCCCUUCUCCCUGUCAUCGUUCAGCAUUCUUGUCAAGUUGCCCAACUUGGAGUUGUCUGUCAUGCAGUAGUAGCCUUCCAUGGUUAUAGCUAGAAGAGCAGGAAUCUCAUGAUGAUGCUUAAUUAAUAAUAGCUUGAGGAGAAGGUCUUUUUUCCUACUGCCUAGGUAAGCAGUCUGGGGAGAGCAUGGGCAUCAUUACUAUGUUUGUGGGUAUCCUGGUCGAGGUAAGAUUGGGACUUAGGUAAGAUUCCCCUUGGGACAUCCUUAAUGUUUAUUAGCUUCUAACUAGUGUUGUAAACCAAGUGCCAGAAUUUGGAGCUCUCAUUGCUUCUGUUCAUGACUUUUUAUUCACUGUGACUAAAUAAGCUUCCUAAUAAAUCCUUGCCAGACUUAA